GUUUAAAUAGGUCCAUCUCAGCAGAACUUAGUUUUAGCGUUGGUUGAGUUUAGCCUGGCGUCGUGCUCACCGGAUUACUGUUAUCAUGAAUAUAUUCCGGUUUCUUGGAGAUGCUUCACAUUUUGCAGCUAUUAUAAUUUUACUACUGAAGAUUUGGAAAACACGAUCUUGUGCAGGUCUGUCAGGACGUAGUCAAAUUGCAUUCGCUAUUGUAUUCACCACACGUUAUGUUGAUCUUCUGACAUCUUAUGUGUCUCUAUACAAUUCUCUCGCAAAGAUCAUCUUCAUAUUUUCAUCUUAUGCGACAUUGUAUUUAAUAUAUUUUAGAUUCAAGGCUACAUAUGAUGGAAAUCAUGACACGUUUCGUUUGGAGUUCCUUAUUGUUCCAUGCGCUCUACUGGCAUUGAUUGUCAAUCAUCGUUUUCAAAUUAUUGAGUUGUUGUGGACCUUCUCCAUAUAUUUGGAAUCAGUUGCCAUCCUGCCGCAAUUGUUUCUUAUUAGCAAAACUGGAGAAGCAGAAACCAUCACUUCUCACUACUUAUUUUCGCUUGGUUCUUACCGUGGUCUGUACAUACUCAACUGGAUAUAUCGCCAUCUCUGCGGGUGUUUUGCAAACUUUACUAUAUUGCGAUUUUUUCUACUUGUACAUAACUAGAGUUAUUAAGGGCAAAGCUUUUGCUCUUCCAGCGUAGUAACGUGAUCAAAAGAAUAGGCCAUCCCGAUUCAUGAUAAUGCUAUAGUAUGAACUCCGAUUCCUUUUCACUUGUUUCUACUGUCGGAUCUGGGAAGCUCCAAAGUACUGUUUAAUCGAAGACUCCAUUUGUGUUCACUGCAUCAGUGGUAAACAAAAUACAGCUGGUCGUUUGUCUUAUGCGCUCUUGUUAUUCUAGCAUGUACUUUACAUCUGAAUAAUAUCAAAAACUUUCUUUUUAGCUCCCCUGUGAUUGAUUUUUAAUAAGCUUUUAUCAUCGCUUCCAACUGGGCCUUAGCUUCAUUCUACGAAAUGUACUAUUAACUCAGUUUAUGCUAUUUUUUCAUUUUCUGUUAUCCUAAAUUUUCAGUUAAGCAUUUGGUUGCCGCAGUAAAACUUAUUACAAUAAGACGACACAAGUUAUGUUUUCGAAUGCUUUCACUUUAGUCAUUCUGAGGUUUGGUCGUAAUUCUGGGGUCUUCCGAGUCGGUACAUACAUUGAUAUGUGUCGUAAUGCUCGCGGCAUCUCGUCUCAUCUGGAUUCUAGACAUGGUGAUCCAAGAUGAAAAGCGACGGUGGACUGCUUACUAUUUUGUUGAAGUAGAUUGCAUGCGGAUUACUAAGAUUUUGUUCUCGUAGUGUUUGAGGUUGCUCAUGACUAGUUUCAUAUUAACUCUCAACUGGUACUCACAAGGUCUGUGGAAUUCACUGGUACAAUUAUCGUGAUACGUUUAUAACCGCAAUGUUUUAUGUUCGUAUGGAUCUCCCAUAGCAUGGCUCUUCCAGCAGACCAUAGAUUGAAAUCAUUGGGUUCUCCAUUGUAGGGACGUUUAUGUUGGCAGUUUGAGAUUAUUCAUGAAACGUUAACUUUACUAACAUUUAAAUUAAUUUUGGUAUCAUUUACAGACUUAGUUGAUCCCAAUAAUUCAUGGAGUACCACAGGUCUAGGCCAUCUGUUAAUGUUGGUUGUAUUUAUGGACGUGAUAUAAUUUGUGAAGAGUACUUUUCUCAGUUUCAUUGUCCUCUAGGUUGAAUCUGUAACCAAGAGCUUUGAAGUAUCAAACUUGUAAUACAUCCGAUGACAUUCACCACUGACGUCUUGAUAUCUCUACUUUCAAAUCAAAUUAGGAAUGAAUCAGAUACGAAAGUUUAUGCAGUUAGUGUUUGGAUUAUAUUUACAGUUGAUAUUCCAAUCAAAUAGUGGGGAUGAUAAGUCCGGUUUAGUAGCCUUCAGACAUAAUUAAGCUAACACUCAGAUGAUCGGAUGGUUUACACGAUAAAGAUUGAAGACAUCAGAAUUGCAAAUAGAAUUGGUCCGAUUCUUGUGAAUCAUCUAUCGACCCUGCACUUGAGUUACACUUCUGUUUGGUACUCAGAAUCUGCCUUGAAGAGUUGGGUGAGCCUAAUUCCAAACAAAUGGCGCACUAACCUAUCCUUGGUUGUUGGCUACCGUGAGAUAGCAUCUUGACGUUGCUUCACUGCCUUUUGGAUUAGAUCUUUAGGUCAAUCGCUCAAGGACCCCAAAAAAACUGCCUACUCCGGUACUCCUGAGAUCAUUUUGGUUCACAUAAAUGGUUACAACUGAGAACUGUACUUCAAUAUGAAUUCUCACGAUUAUAUGACAGCGACAACCUACUUUAUUGAAUAUCUCUGUUCCAUUCCACUCUUGUAUACUCUCCUAGUCUUCAACUCACUCAACGGAUCGAUUAUGGUGGGAAUCUAAACUAUCACAUCACUAACCGGUCGGAAGCUGCCACUGAUUACGCAUCAGCCUUCCUGAAUCUCAGUGUAUCGUUCGAACUGACCUCUUUCAAUAUUCUCAAAUUAAUUGCAUAUCGAACAACAGGUAAGGCUGACUAUGUCUUUGGGACACCUUAAAAUCGAUGUUUGUUGCCUGAGACUUGCUCAAGUCUAUUGAAGCACUAUAUACUCACUAUUUAUUUGCCGAUUCCCAGAGCUUGUUUCAUGUACAUUCACUGGGGAACCAUGUGGCAUCUCCGCCUGAUUUUGCUGCCGCAUUAAACGCUAGGGCUGAGGUAGAAUCUAUAGGCUGGAACCCUAUAAGUGGUCAUUUGUAUCGCCGGAUUAGGGAGCUCCAUCGAAGUGAGUUUACUCUCGUUACUACCUACACCUCGACAGAUUGAAACCAGAAUGCUAUCAAGGAUUAAUUAUACCACCAGUUAAGUGAUCUCCAGAAAGCACGUUCUACAGAUAUUGUAGUAUUGACGGGAGAUUCGAAUGUACGGACCAGGCAUCUAGAUACCGAGAGUCGUUUGGUUGCCUAUUAGCAACUUGUUGGACACAGGUCUACUGCGACGUUACAGACUAAAGCCUGUUUCAGGCUAUCAUUGACUAACGGCACAAUCAUCGCUGUCAUCCUUCUCUGCAUGUCGAGUCUGGACUCACUGACCGCAUUACAACCAGCUACCGUUGGCGUGGUUGUGUACAGGGCUUCAGCUCUUUAUAGAGUACUUAUCUGGACUCGGACCAUCCCUCGUUUGUGCUAAUCGUGUUUUACGCUUCAGUGGUCAACAGAUUCAUCGUUCUAAGUAUAUCGAUGUAAACGAGUCGACCGAAGCUUCUAUUGCAACCGAAUAUCAAACUGGGACAAGUUAAAGGCUAGAUAUCGACCCUCUGACUACAUUUGUAUGACCUCAUGGGAAUGGUCAGAAAAGUUGCUUGCUGAUUAGCUCUGGGUUUAUACAGGCUCCUUACAACUCGUCAUGGCACAUCAGCAUGCCUCCGCUGAUCGCGAGGAGUAUGCUAACGAACCAGAAGCUCCAGCUGUGUAUCAUAACUACCGCAAGCUCUUUCAACUCAUCCAAUCUACUGGCAACAAGAAGUCUGGUUCAGUGAAACAACCUGGAACUGACAAGACGCUGAUCAAUAACAUCUGCCGAUGUCCUGACUGUGUACAGAGUUCGGUGUGUCGUCCACCUUCGGUUCCUAUCGCAGAUGUUUUCAAAUGACACUUCAAUUUUGCAAUGUUCUCUAUGUUCAGCUUUACUAUAAGCUGGAUUACCACUUCUAGGUCUUUAAGUUAGUUUGUAUGGUUCAGUCGUCCCACCUCUUCUUGAUGAGUCCACCGAUUGACUCGUUAUUUUCCUGAUACGAUAGGCACCGUGUGGUGCUCUUGAUACCUAGGAAAAAUAUUGACUAGAAUUUGGGCUCAGUGGGCGUUGUACGCCUCUAUUGAUCUGCUGUAUUUUAAGGAAGCACGAAUAGUUGGUUAACUUCAAGUAGUAGCAAGAAAAUAAUACGUGCCGUUCCAUAAGGUCAGAAUGAAAAGCCGCCAAACCAAAUAUCCAGUUGUGGCAUGAUAAGUGGAAGUCAGCGGAAGCGCUAACACUCGUAACCAAACGAUAAGUAACCUGGCAAAUGAAUAUUUGAUCAUACAAAAGCGGUUUCGAAACGAGAUCUAUAAAAAAUAUCCAAAACUAACCACAAACAUAGAACAAAUGUCAAGGAACCGGAAAAAUUGCUCUAAAAUUAUCGAACUUCAUGAUACGAGUUCUCAAAAAGCUAACGUUCCUCAAUGUGAAUGGGAAGAGUUCUACUUUAAACAUAUCAUUUAUCAAAACAAAAGGGUAGAGUUUCGUAUGAAAGAUUAGAAGGCGGAAAGAAUCUAAAUAGGAACGAUCUCAGAGGUUUUGGGAAAUUCGUCAAGUCCCUGUUAACCGAUUCGACAAGCAUCGAAGUAGAAACUUGAGCUCACAAGUUGUGUGGCAGAAUUAUAAUCACCUGCUAGUAUCAUGUCAUAUAGUGCGCGCAGUUCAGAUUCCACAGGUUGAGAAUCAGGAUCACGUCUGGGAUAAGAUGUUUCGUUUAAAAGUUUUCCCAUAAGAUAAUGAAGCCAAUAAAGAUUGGAACUUGGAUGAAAGGGGCGCCAAUCAUUCCUGUAAUACAAAAUAAAUAAGAUACUUAGUAUUAUGAUAAUGAGGAAAAGUUAUAACUGUAACUGCAACCUUGUGCAGGCUCUCUACUCUAACACUACUGGUCGAGUCGAAAUCUAUGCGGAACUCUUAUCGGAGUCGAUAACUUCAAGUGUUCAUCAGGGUUGUCUGCUUUCCCCACUUUUAUUUAACUUUGUCACAUACAUCCCUUUAGAGUUAACGCACUCAUUGUCAGACUUCCCAAAGGUCGAUCUUCUACUAAAAUAUUCACUUGUUGACUUAAAGUACACAGGCGAUAUAGUUCUACUUGGUGCAGACGCUGACAAAAUGCAGCCUUUUGACCACUAAACAACAAUGCAAGCAUGUUUGAUAUGAGAUUCUCACCUCCAAAAUGCAGAAUGUUGCUUUAGGAUUGACCUACAUCAGCGCUUGAACUUAUGAUAGGAAGUGAAGUGGUUGAGUACAUCGACCGCUUCAAUUAUCUUGGAAGUUUCAUUGUUCCUGAUGGUCUGGUGUCUGACGAAAUCUUGGUACGAAUUCAGGGAGCUCGAUUGGUCUUAGCCAACCUGCGCCACUAGUGGAGUAGGCAGGGUAUUCGUUUGCCAACCAAAGAACCAGUUUAUAGUGCAGUAGUUUGCCUCGUUCUGCUUUAUGGGUGUGAAACAUGGCCAUUAAAAAUAGAUCUUCGUAGGCUACGGGUAUUCGACCAUAGGUGUCUGCGAAGUAUUGUCCGUGUAUUUCGGGACCACCGAGUAGACGAUUCCUGGCUUGGGAAUAUGGUACUAGGUGAGGAUGGCAAAUCAAUUAAAGAGGUAGUAAAUCUUCAUCAACUGACGUGGUUGGGACAUGUGUUCAACUAUUAUUUACCUUGACGUUGAACGAUUCCAUUAAGCCGUCGAUAAUCGGACUGACCCAAGUGCAGACUCCGAGUGACAUGGGUCAGAAUUGUUCGUAAUGGCCCAAGUGUAUCAACUCCUUGUAUCCCCUUUAGACGCUGAAUCACGGAAUCUUCACUUUUCCAAUAUCUAGUCUUUUCUAUGUUAUGUUUGAAAUAUUUUGUGUUCACCAUAUAUACGGUGAAUUUUAAGACAUGAGACAUCAAUAAAUGUGAGACGUAACUUGGAAACAAUACCUAGUCGUAACAAAUUUAUGGAUCAUUGGGACUGAGUUUUUAGUACACGUUCAGUGUAUAGCUCCCAAAUCAAAUGGUUUAUAACUAGUCUGUUUUCACUAAUUUAUGACUUCUGAAGGUUUAUAAAUAGAUGUAUCGCGGGGUGGAGUGCUCAUCCAAUUGUAACAAAUGCGUUAAUGGCUACCAUCACUGGAUACUAAGAAAGUAUUACGAAGCCUAAAUCCCCACUAAUUCUGGGAAGUUAUGCAUGUAAAUAUACGACGAAAUGAUUUUCACUU